AUGGUUCGUAUGGGAGAAAGAGCAUCUCGCUUCACAAUUCUUGUGAUGUUUUCGAGUAUGCUUGUUGCUAAUUUAUUUGUAAUGGGAAAAGCUAUUAGUGGAGAACCUAUUCGUAUCAAAGGCUUUGAAACAAAAGAAGAAGGAAGAAGAACACUUUCCAGAUUGUAUGAAAUUGAUAGUUAUGAUAAAUUAAAACAAGAAUUUCUUGACUCAUUCAAACCAUCAACAAAAUCGGAAGAGGAAAUUCAAAGAGAAAUUGAAGUUAUCAGUGAAAAGGAAUCAGCAACUAAAAUUAAAGAGGAUGAUGAAACAUUCUACGUUAAAAUUAAGAAAUAA